CUGCAUCACGUGAUGCGGGAUGUUAGCUCCGCCCCCUUCUCGAAGCUUUGUAAAGGGUCACGUUGCGCUGCAGCAUUGAAAGAAGAGACGGCUCUGCAUCCUCCACACCCAACUCACCUGCUCUCGAACCACUCUUACAUCUACCUGUCGACCUCUGAUGGGAUGGAGGCGGGGCGGGCCGAGGAGACUCCCAAAAAUGAAAACACGUAG